UUGCUCAGUUAUCAUAUGAACAGCUUACUACUUAUUCAGGUAUUGAAUUAGCACAGCGGUACAGUAGCAGUUCAGCAUACAGAAAUCCCCUGGCCUCACAGUUAGUUUUCAUCCUAUCCCCCCAAAAAGGAAUUUGUUUUUGCACGUACUCUCUUUUGAAACUGGUGACAAGUACUAAUGAUUACUUCAAAACGGACUUUAGACUUCUGGAUUGAAUGCACACAUUGAGUAACUCCAGAGGCGAUUGGCUUCCUAUCUGCAGUUGGAGUGUUCAUUGUGCUCUUGGCUGUUCUCUUCCUGUUCAUUAAUAAGAAAUUCUGCUUUGAGAAGAUUGGCGGGCUUCCGUGCCUAGAUCAGAGAAGAAAGAGAAGACGUUCAAAGCAGAAGUCUGGUGUCCACGAGGGCCUAGUGGACAAAUUCAUAAAUGAUGGCAUGCUGACAGCAGAGGUCGUUUGGAGUUUAUGACCGUUAGGAGUUCGGAAUGGUGGUAAACAUGGCUUCACAAGCAUUGCAGAGCUUCUUUCAGCCCUUUUCCUCACUGAUGACUCAGCUAUCAGAAGCUGUUCAAGAAGCUGGAACUUCAGUUACAUUCUUUCCGUUUGACAGUUCCAAAGACAGUCAGAAAGAAGACGUUAGUUUGACUGAACAAGAAAAUGAACUUCCCAGUAACAGUUUAAUGAAAGAUCAAAACCUGGAACUCACAGAAGACAUUCAGAAUCACGUUUCAGAUUGUUUGGAGAAUCAACAGGAGCAUAAUGUCACAAAACUGCCCCUUGACUGCAACAGGCAUGAGAUGAGGAGCAGUUUACGGGUGAGCGAUUGUAAUGGUACGAUAUCUUCAUCAAUAUCAUCUACAGCUCCUGUAGCUAUGCUUCAAAGUGAAGAAUGUGAUGAAUCCGACUCCUGGUUAUUAGCCUCUAACAAUUCUGAAGGUAAUAUCUAUAGACCUUAUGAUGAACGACAGCUAUUAGAAAUGCUUCCUACCAUACCUGAAGAAGUGGAGAAUAUAGAUCUUCAAAUCAGAGACCUUGAACAAGAUAUUGGUAGCCUUAAUCGUGGUUCCGUUGGAAACAUUACUGGUAAGGAUAUGUUGCCAGAUGGGUUUAGUCAACUGAGUGGGCAUGAUAUCCAUUCUUCCGGUGAAGAUGACCGUAUAUCUUUUGGGACCACGUCUGAGGCAUAUGAUCCUGCACACAGGAAGACUUCUGGUACAGAUGCUAGCAUGGCCCAGAGUCUCAGUUGCCAUGCCACUGAAGGGAGCUUUGAAAUGGAGACUGCAUUUGAUAUCCAAACCUGUAGUGGGAACGAACGUACCGACAGCUCUUCUGCUUGUAGUUUGGAGGAUCAUGCUAAUACUACUGGCCUGCCUGGACCACAGACUGCUCCUGCACUGAUAUCGAAAUGUGGAGAUCUGGACGUCAUAUUUCACUAUCAGCCUGCAGUACAAAAACUGGAAGUGAAGGUGCUAUCAGCCAAAGAUAUCCCAGACAAGGACCGGAGCGGGGCAAAUGCAUGGCAAGUUCAUAUUGUUCUUCUUCCAAGCAAGAAACAGAAGGCUAAGACCAGCAUUAAGAAGGGCUCCAUGCCCAUGUUUGAUGAAACAUUCAGGUUUCAUAGGAUACAGCCAGAAGACCUAGGGAGCUAUGCCCUCAGAUUCCGUCUUUAUGCAGUGAGGUCCAUGAACCGAGAAAAGAUGAUGGGAGAAAAAGUGUUUUAUCUCAGUAAUUUAAGUACAAAAGAAGAAGUGGGAUUGAAACUUGUUUUAGAGCCAAGGAGCAACAUGGCUAGUGGGGAUUCUCAGAACAGCUUGUCUGCCAUUUCUCAGAGUGACAGCGCCUCAUCAACACAGUCAUUGUCUCAUGGUGGAGCACCAGAGCUGCUGGUGGGAUUGUCGUACAAUGCCACAACAGGUCGCCUCUCUGUAGAGAUAAUCAAAGGCAGUCACUUCCGGAAUCUUGCUUUGAAUAGGCCACCUGAUACAUAUGCCAAACUCUCGCUUCUGAAUUCAGUAGGUCAGGAAAUGUCACGCUGUAAAACAUCAAUUCGACGAGGCCAGCCGAAUCCUGUGUAUAAGGAGACAUUCAUCUUCCAAGUUGCACUUUUCCAGCUUACAGAUGUCACGCUCAUGAUUUCAAUCUACAACAGGCGCAGCAUGAAACGUAAGGAGAUGAUUGGAUGGAUAUCUUUAGGGCAAAACAGCAGUGGAGAAGAAGAACAAAACCAUUGGUAUGAAAUGAAGGACUCCAAGGGUCAACAGGUGUGCAGAUGGCAUACCCUACUUGAAUCCUAAACAAGAAACAUGCUGUUAUAUUCUAGAGACAACAGUAGUGGCUGUAAUUAAUGCUUUAGAAGUUAAAGGAAACUUGAGAACUUCCCUGUUCCUGCUUCUUAUUUACUUUUCUUGACUGGGGUUAGUCCCACUGCACCUCUUUCUGUCUUAACUACAGCAUUUGCUAACUAGUUACUUGCCAAGGUUCUUGAAUCACAAAGGCAUAAUUAGUGAAACAUUGUCAUCAAACAGAGUUAAAACUAGAUUCUUUUGUUUUCUCCCACAACAUCGAUGGCAGAUGUUUGGAGAAGCUGAAUGCUGCUCAUAUGAAGGUGUAUUGUUUCUUUGGUUUGUACUGACUGCUAUAUUGGUUUUCUUCACAAUACAUUUCCAUUCUGUGCAAGCCACAGGUAAAUAGCAACAUCAAAUGUUACAUUUUCUGCCCCUGGCUUGUCCUUAGCUCAGCACAUACCAUUGAAACUUUUUGCUAUGCAUUAAUCUGGAUACAAGAUUAAAUUACAUUUUUCAGCCUUGCCCAAAAGGUGGGAUCACGAUCACAUAAGAUUAAUAAUAUAUUUUUGGACAGCAUGAACAGUUUAGAUUAUCCUUCUGUCAGUGACAAAGUGCCUGUGGGUUAUUAUUAUUAUUAUUAUUAUAAUUAUUAUUAUUGUGGAGACAUAAUUGUAUAGUAGUAUUAAAUUACAUUGACAAGCAUGCACUGUUCUAUUUACAGUCUUUCUAUUUUGCCAAAUGCCUGCAUGCACAUUAAACAUUAGCUAUGCCAGUUUUUUUCAUGUGUUUGUGUUGUACAAACUUAGAUAUUUUUGACAUAAAUCACCAUGUUGUAAGUAAUAUACAGUGUGCCAUAUAGUAUAAGUUGGGAAUACAGUUAUACUGUGUGGUCAGCAAAAGACUCUAUGCAUCUUUAAUCAGUCAAUAAAUGAAUGGAUUCUUUGUGAACAAAGUAAAUAUUGAAAUAUUGCUGAAGUUUAUGUGAAAAUCCAGCAACCAUCUGGGAUUAUGACUGUUGUAAGUCUAAUUGUUAAAUGGAAACCAUUCUAUUUCUUCCAUUUUGAAACUAAAAAUGUCUAGAUGUGACUUUUUUCUUUGUCUGAUAUUUGUAUAAUAAAAGUCAGUUACCUUAAAA